AUCCGCACCCGGGACCUGGAGCGGCGGCCUCCCGCCAUGGGCCUUCGCCGCGGUCCCUGCCCUGCGGCGCUGCUCCCGGGGGGCUUCCUGUUCCUCCUGCUGCUGGCAGACCCGGCGCUCCUCGCUGGACGCCGCCCUCCGGUGGUGCUAGUGCCUGGUGAUUUGGGCAACCAGCUGGAGGCAAAGCUAGACAAGCCAACGGUUGUGCACUACCUCUGCUCCAAGAGGACGGAAAGCUACUUCACACUCUGGCUGAAUCUCGAACUGCUGCUGCCUGUCAUCAUUGAUUGCUGGAUUGACAAUAUCAGGCUGGUCUACAACAGAACAUCCCGGGCCACCCAGUUCCCAGAUGGUGUGGAUGUACGCGUGCCUGGCUUUGGAAAGACUUUCUCACUGGAGUUCCUGGACCCCAGCAAAAGUAGUGUGGGUUCCUAUUUCCAUACCAUGGUAGAGAGCCUUGUGGACUGGGGCUAUAUACGGGGUGAGGAUGUCCGGGGUGCCCCCUACGACUGGCGCCGAGCCCCAAAUGAAAACGGGCCCUACUUCCUGGCCCUCCGGGAGAUGAUCGAGGAGAUGUACCAGCUGUAUGGGGGACCUGUGGUGCUGGUUGCCCACAGCAUGGGCAACAUGUACACACUCUACUUUCUGCAGCGGCAGCCACAGGCCUGGAAGAACAAGUAUAUUCAAGCAUUUGUGGCACUGGGUGCGCCCUGGGGUGGCGUGGCCAAGACUUUGCGUGUCCUGGCCUCAGGAGACAACAAUCGGAUCCCCGUCAUUAGGCCCCUGAAGAUCCGGGAGCAGCAGCGCUCAGCCGUCUCCACCAGCUGGCUGCUGCCUUAUAACUACACCUGGUCACCUGAAAAGAUCUUCGUGCAUACGCCCACAGCCAACUACACGCUGCGGGACUAUCACCAGUUCUUCCAGGAUAUUGGCUUCAAAGAUGGAUGGCUCAUGCGGCAGGACACGGAGGGGCUGGUGGAAGCCAUGGUGCCGCCCGGCGUGCCGCUGCACUGCCUCUAUGGCACUGGUGUCCCCACGCCAGACUCCUUCUACUAUGAGAGCUUCCCAGACCGUGAUCCCAAAAUCUGCUUUGGCGACGGUGACGGCACCGUGAACUUGCAGAGUGCCCUGCAGUGCCAGGCCUGGCGUGGCCACCAGGAGCACCAAGUGUCUUUGCAGGCACUGCCAGGCAGCGAGCACAUAGAGAUGCUGGCCAAUGCCACUACCUUGGCCUAUCUGAAACGUGUGCUCCUUGGGCCCUGAUUCCUGUGCCAGGCGGGACUGGGGGAUGGCCUGGCCACCGCUGUUUCUCUUGUCCUCUGGGGCUAUCAUGGCCCACGAGUUUAGCAGUUUGUGACUGACUGCCAAAGGUCCUCAGUCUUGGGUUGUGAAAUGCCUGCCGUUGGGAGGUACUGUUUCUUACCCUUCCUUUGUGGGAGUGAGGAAGGAAGAAAUAGUCUGGACUCACUUGAGGGAUCCCUGCUGGGAAGAAUGCUGCUGCUGCUGCUGCUGGAAUUGCUGUGACCUCAGGACUGGCUCCACAGGCAAGGAUUGGCUGGCAUCUGGCCCCAAUCCUGAACUCAGGGGCCUCUUUGUUCCUCACACCCCUGUGGCCUUUUCACACUCACCCACCAGGCCCUGGCCCCUCAGCCUUCCUGUGAGGGAUAUUACUGAGCUGUGUUCCCUGUCCCUAAAGGUCCCAGGGAUGGGCCGGUCCCUAUGGUGAUCUUCCCAUAAACUGGCCAUAAACAGGUAGGCUUGCUACUGGCUGUGGGUGGCUGGAGCUGCUGGCUUCCCUAGGGCCUAGUUGCUGUGAGCCUGACUGUGGCUUUCUGGAGGCAGCCUGGUUCCUCCUGCAGGCAGGGGCGAGUUGUGUUCUCCAUGGUUCCCAGGUCCUGGGGCAUUCAUUCCUACCUCCCUCACCUCUAAGAACAGCCUAGCUCAGGAUUGAGCAGCAGAUGGCCCUCCAGUUCUUGGGGACUCUGUCCCAGGAGCCUCGAUUCCCUUGGACUCCUACCCACAGUAUUGAUGCUGGUUCCCUUUGCCCUGGGACUGUGGUUCAAGGAUGAGAGCAGGGCCCAGUCCCAUAGCCUUUUAGGGACUCAUGAAGAAAAACUAAGGAUGCAGCUGAGGCCAUUCAGAACUACCCUGAAUCCCACCACCACAUUACCACUCUAGGGCUUUUCUAGCAUCCGGGUGGGCUGGCACAGGGCUGAGAGGAGAUGGGGCUCUUGUCCAUCCUGCACAGCACCUACUCCCUCCAGGCAGCUCAGUGGUGUUUAGUCUGCAGACACUAGCCCAGAACCUUGAGUGGGCCCCCGAAAGAGCAGGGUGGCUUGGGGCUCCCCUGGUAGUUUUCUGUCUGUUCCAGAGGUGCUUCCCUGAUCUUCCUAUAAUAGCAGGGAUGGAGAGUCUGGAUUUGCCUUGGUGGCAGUCAUCUCCAAGUGGGCAACGGCUAUAGGCCAAGACUUGAGUCUAGCCUAUAGGAUGGGACCCCAGAGCCAGAGUCUGGGGUUGUGCUGCUGGACUGGACUGUGCUGCUUUCCCACAGGGUUUCUGUGGAGCUGGAUUUUCUCUGUUAUGAACACACCCAGCAUCUCUCCUUUCAUUCCUGGAUGGUGGGCUCUUCGUGGAGCUCUAAGCAGGCUGUACCUUGAUUCUGGCAAUAAAAAUGUUCUGGAUGC